CGAGUCGAGCCGGGCGGGAGAAACCUGCGUGCGGGCCUCACGGGCCCCGCCCCGUGCCCCGCUCCCCGCCGAUCAUAUGUUCGGCGCGCCGGCGCGCAGCGACCGCUCACUGCGACUCGGGCACCCGCCGUCGUCGCAACGUCACGAGCUCUACGUACACGCCCGCGCAGGAUCAGCUGUCGCGACUGAUACGCACCGCACGGCGAAGCCCUGUAAUAAGCCGCAGUGCGGUGUGCCAUGGAGCUGCUUUGUGCGGAACGCGUGAGCCCGAGCACCGAGGGCGCAGCGGCGCCGGCGCCGGGCCCGCGGGCCGCCGUGCCGGACCCGGUGCUGCUGCGGCGCCGCGUGCUCGACAACCUGCUGCGCACGGAGGAGCGUUACGCUGUCACCAGCAACUACUUCGGCACCGUGCAGACGGAGAUCACGCCUCACAUGCGUCGCCUCGUCGCCGAGUGGAUGUUAGAGGUAUGUGAAGACCAAGGAUGCCAAGAGGAGGUGUUCCCCCUAGCGGUGUCGUACCUGGAUCGCUUUCUGAGCAUUUGUCCAGUGGGGAAGAGCCAAGUGCAACUCCUGGGCACGGCGUGCCUCCUGCUGGCGUCUAAACUGCGGGAGCCCGGCUCACGCUGCCUGCCCGCCGACCUGCUGGUCUUCUACACCGCAAACAGCAUCACCCUCGCCGACCUAUGCAGUUGGGAGUUGCUCGUGUUGUCGAAGCUCAAAUGGGACGUAGCCGGAGUGACGGCGCACGACUUCCUGCCGCUGCUGCUGUCGCGGCUGCCGCUGCGGGGGCUCGUCAACACCAACAUGGUGCACCGGCACGCUCAAACCUUCAUUGCGCUUGCUGCCAGAGAUUACGAGUUCAUGUUGUACUCGGCGAGCACGCUGGCGGCGUGCAGCAUCGCCGCGGCGCUGCGCGGGCUCAGCUUGGACGGCCAUCUGCCGCGCCUGCACGACCUCACCGGCAUCGACUUGGACUGCCUACACACAUGCCUCGAACAAAUAGAGGAGAUGGUGCAGCACAUGAUAGAAGAACGCCCGGUCUCGGCCCCAAACGGGCAGAGCAGGGAGGCGGCGGGGUGGACCCCCCCGCCCUCCCAAGACAAGGCGCAUAGCAACGCCGCUACCCCCACCGACGUCAGAGACGUUCACUUCUAACGCCGUAUAUUGAUAAUCAUACAGUUCGCUUAAAAGGUGCAAGUACGAAAAUACUUUAAACUAAACCUAUAGUUAUUAGGGUGCAUAGUGAUCGAGGACUGAUACCAAGACUGACAAGCACAUGUCUACACGUAGGCACGCGCCUACUUACUAUAAGUAUAGUACAUGUAUAGAGUAAGUUUAAAUAAGAAUAAGUGUGCCCUGCGAGCUACUUUGUUGGCCUCCUAGCUUCGCCGGGCGUGAGGCGCAGCACUCAGUGAGUUUACUUUAUAAACACAUCUUCCGGUUUUAGUAAAUAUUUUUCUUGAAAUUAAAAUCUACCUCUUAUUAUUUAAGGCAAAAGUUUCAGUUUCGUCCGGCCGUAAGCUCUAAUAUCAUUUUAUAAAGCACGGUACACGCUGACUACAUUUUCAUGCUAUUUGCAUGGGACCAAAGCAUCAUUUUGUUUUAAAAAUGAUCUGAUAUCUGUAACAUAGAGUGACUGUUAUGUUUAAUCAUAACAGUAUAGUGGUACAUACUUAUUCCAUAUUCGAAGGGUUGAUUACGAUGAGAACAGUAUCCACAUUAAGUGAAUUCCGUAAAGUUGAUAAACCUGUUAUAUAUCGCGAUAUCCAUCAAAUUCUACUUAUAUCGGGGGAAGGCAAUAAAAUACGCUUUUAUAUUUUGUAAAAACUAAUGUUACGUUCAUUAAUUGUAUCAUAUUUAUAUAUACUAUAGGCACUACAUAUAAACAAAUUCAUAGGUUGGUAGUAGUUGAUUUGAAGGACACCGUAUGUUGGGGACUUGUAUGGAUGUCUCGAGGGUGGACACGCGCGCACGCGCACGCAAGGGCUGUAUUUUUGUUUCCGCUCUCUCAAAGAUUCUCUUAAAGACUAAUUCUCUUUGUAGGCAAUUAAAUCUUGUUCCUCUUGUAAUACAGUGAUGUUUAGAUUAGGUACGCCGCGGUAAGGCGUCAACAACUGUAGGUUUAAUUUUAAAAUUUAAUGUGAUAGUGUCGAAAGAUGAUUGAACUUCAUAUCAUAGUCACUUCAAGUCAUAAUAUGUAAACGUAGAGGUACUAUUUGUUGGAUAAAUUAAGAAAA